CAGGAGUAUAAAAGGCGACGACUCCUUCUAUUCUGUGCACAAGUGCCUAAGCGACGCGUACCUGCCAGGAGACCAAAAACGGUCAGUCAUAUUUUCGGAACUUUAGAACUCCAAAACAAAUUAAGAAAUGGCAUCCACCAGAACAAAAGCUCUUACCAAAUUUGUGAAAAUCAACACCCCUAUCAAACGCGUCGUGUCAACGUCGACGCCCAGUCACCAGGGGGCGCUAACAGUAGGAGCAGACAUUGCAGGAACGUGUCCAUUUAGAAGUACGUUUGAAACAAUUGACAACAUGAUGAAGAGACCGCAGCAAACAGCUGCAAUCCAAGUUGAAACACCCGUAACUGCUAACACAGUACAGAACUAUGAUGUUAUACCCGGACCAAAAGGCCUCCCUCUCGUUGGCACCCUAUUCGAUUAUUUCAAGAAGGACGGCCUCAGAUUCAGCAAAAUGUUUGAGGCUUACAGAAUACGAUCUUUGGAGUUUGGACCAAUCUACAAAGAGAAAAUAGCAACAAUUUCAACAGUUAUCAUAAGCGAUCCCACUGAAUACAACAAAGUGAUACGUGAUGAAGGAAAACAUCCCGUGCGACGUGAGAUGGAACCCAUGGCUUACUACAGAACAAAGAAUGGCAUUGGCCUCGGUCUCGUUAACGCACAAGGAGAAGAAUGGCAUAAGUAUCGUACAGUGGUGAGCAAAAAGAUGCUGAAGAUGAAGGAGGUCCUAGACUACUGCGGGUCCAUGAAUACAGUGGCUGAAGAUUUUGUCCAUCAUUUGAAAGACAGGAGCACAGCUAACCACGAAGUCCCAGUCUUGGAGAAAGAGAUCUUUAAAUGGGCCAUGGAAUCAAUUGGUACAUUUUUGUUCGAGGAGAGAAUCGGCUGCUUUGGAAGUCCAACCCCUCCACAAGCACGGGAUUUCAUCGACAACUUGCAAGGUUUCUUCAAACUUAUGCAGCCGCUCAUGUAUAAUAUCCCCCUAUACAAAAUCCUCCCCACGAAAAUGUGGAAUCAGUAUGAAGAGUACGCUAACAAUGUCAUGAAAAUUGGCCGAUCAUUUGUUGACAAAAAAGCGAAGGCUCUCGAAGGCAUUAUCCCUAAAGAGAAUGAGAAAGUUUCGUUUCUGACGUAUCUGAUGUCACAGGAGUCCCUAACCCCCGACGAUGCUCUUUCUACAGCGGUCGAUCUGCUUGUAGGGGCCACUGAAACGACCUCAAAUGGUUCUCUUUGGGUGAUGUACUGCCUUGCUAAGAACCCGGAAGUACAGGAGAAACUCUUUCAAGAAAUCCAGACAGUCCUCCCCAACAAGGAAGCCAUCACUCCAGAGACUCUAAACAAACUACCUUACAUCAAAGCCGUUAUCAAGGAAACAUUCAGGUUAUAUCCAAUCACAUUUGCCACCAGCAGAUUUGUACAAAAAGACAUCGAAGUUGGAGGUUACAACCUCCCUGCAGGUACUCACGUCCAGGCUAACUUAUACGGGAUGUUCCGAAAUCCCGAAUAUUUUCCUCAGCCAGAGGAAUUCCGUCCCGAAAGAUGGCUGAGAGAGGCCAACAUGGACUCCAACAUCAAAGCGCUUUCAAACCUUGUGUGGGGACACGGAGCAAGGAUGUGCAUAGGUCGCAGAUUUGCCGAACAAGAGAUGCAUAUAAUGCUAUCAAAGAUGGUACAGAACUUCAAGAUAGAAUACCACCACGAAGAUGUUGAACCAGUUCUUAACACAGUGAUGACCCCGGACAGACCUCUGAAGCUUUCGUUUGUACCGAGAGAAUCCGAAAGUGUAUGAAGUUGCACUGACGCUAUCCAAACCUUUGUCUGUGAUAAUGUGUACCAUCUUCGUGCGCACGAUACACAGAUGGGAUGGUCACGUGAUACCGAGGGACUAAAAUCAGGAUCAAAGAUGUUUUGCAGGAAAUUUGUUUAAUGACGGAAUCAGUGGGAGACUUUAUCAUAAUACUCUCAUUCAUGCUGACGUCAUUUAAGCAGAUUAAAUAUAUUUGUCCCAGCUUAGGACUUCGGCGGAAAUCUGCUCUGUGCAACCUCCACAAGAGUCCUUCUCUAAUCACUGGAAGUACCACAGCAGGCAGCCAUUGAUGGUCUUAGACAGACAAUCUCUCAUAAUGAAUGAUUUUUCUUAUUAUCUUUCGUUUAUUCAGAGAGAUUAAUGAAUGACUUUCUAAUUUCCCCAGAAAUGUCAACGCCGUUCAAUAUGUCAUUAAAUGUAAGGCUUGUUCAUAUUUUCUUCCUUUAUAAAACUUUCGAUAUUUUAUUUUUAUAAAGGUUGACAAAUAAUGUGAAUGUGCUUUUUGCGGAAAAGCAUCAACUGCAAUAGCAAAAUUUAAUGAAAAUGAUCUGUAUCCGCAUACCAAACUCGCGGA